GCUUUGGCACCAGCCCUCUGUGCCGGGAUGUCCGGCGGAAUCCGCCGCGCAGUUUCUCCUCUCCACUCUCCCCCCCUCACGCGUUCAUCGUUCUCCCUACUAAUCCCCCUCUCCCUCCCUCUCCGGCCUCACUGGAUACUGCCGCUGCUCGGCGCGACCGACUGGCAUCUCUGGACCGGAGCGAGUGAUUGCUUGGUCGUCCCAGAUCCAACAGUAUAGUAUUCAAGAAGUGGUGCCACCCACCGCAAACACCUGGGGGAGUAGUUGGCGGCGACCCGGCCAUUCAAGACUCACCUCGGUGGUGCCUGCGGGGAUAUUCGGUGCCCUCGCCACUCCCCCCGCCCCAGUUCUUGCUCCCUCGCCGGAGUUCGUCCGGCCGCCGCGAUGCAGCAGCAGCAGCGGCAAGGUCACGACAUACUAAAUCUGCAGCGGGAGGUGAAGACGCGGUGGCUCAAGCCCAGAGAGGUUCUUGACAUAUUGCAGAACUGUGAGCUGUUCGGGAUCCAAAACAGGACCCCUCAGAGGCCACCGAGUGGUUCUUGGUUCCUUUUCAACCGUAGGGUACAUCGCUUCUUCCGGAAUGAUGGGUAUGUGUGGCAGAAAAAGAAGAAUGGAAAGAGCGGCAAUGAAGCACAUGAGUACCUUAAGGUUGAUAAUGUAAAGGCUCUGAAUUGCUACUAUGCUCGUGCAGAAAAUAAUCCUAGAUUCAUGAGGCGGAUAUAUUGGAUGCUUGAACCGGCUUAUGAGCACAUCGUUCUUGUCCACUAUAGAGACGUUCUAGAGGGCAGCAUUUCAGUAUCAGUGCUAAACGGUUCGCCAACAUCCAAUCAGAAUGGCAGUGCUAGCAGAGCUGAUGCACAUAGUUCGCCAGGGUUGACUAGUGAGAUAGUUGCGCCACUUCUCAACUCGUGCAGCCCAGGAUCCGCGGAAGAAGUUAGUUCCCAGAUCCCGACCAUAAACAAUGAAACAAAUGAUAUAAGUCUAUUUGAUUGGCGGCGGACACUUGAAAUGCAGCUGAGUCUGGAAAACAAGGAACGUCAUGAUGUUAACACUGAUGAGGUUCUGCCAAAUCAUGAUCCUAUUCCUGCGCAUGGGAUACAGAAUGAAGAACUAGACGCAUGUAUAAACCUUGCAGAUGUCUUUGAUCUGGGGUUUAGGGAAGACAACCAUGCUGAAGGAAGUCACCCUUAUCCCGAUCCUAUCGAUGUCCUGAAAUAUUCAGAAACAUGGUUGGAGGAUGACCAACUUAAAUCUAUUCUACAUUCAGCUCCUGUGACAAUUGAUGAAAACCAAUGGUUCCAUCUUCAUGAGGUUUCUCCAGAAUGGGCAUUUUGUUCUGAAAGUGCUAAGGUUGUCAUUGUAGGAGAUUUCCCUUGCAACCUCUCCAAUAGUUCAUGGGUGCUAUUUGGUGAUGUUAAAGUACCUGCGGUAGUUGUCCAGCAAGGUGUCAUCCGUUGUUAUACUCCACCAUACCUUGGUGCUGGAAAGGUGAGAAUGUGCAUGCUCGAUGAGAAUGGGAAACCUUGCACUGAAGAUCGAGAAUUUGAAUUCGUUGAAAAGCCUACCAACACAAUGAUUAAUGGGAACGGGAAACCCUGCAGUGAAGCACGAGAAUUUGAAUUCCAACAGAGGCCUACCAAAAGUGACAAUGGGCUGUUGUUGCUGAUUAACUAUGUGCAGAUGCUUUUUGAUAGUCAUGGCUGUGAACUCUUCUCAAAGUUCAGGUUGCCACUCCCAAAUGCUCGGUCUGGAUUCCCAGUUAACCCCUCAGAGAUUAUAGGGAGAACAUGUGAGCAGUUGGACCAUGAGAAUGCAGUAAAUUGCAUCAUGGAAGUGAUGCUUAACAAUAAGUUCCAGGACUGGCUAUCAUCCAAAUUUGAACAGAAUAGUGAAGGGGAGUAUUUGCUUCCUAAGCAAUACCAUGGUGUGAUACAUACAAUUGCUGCAUUGGGAUACGACUGGGCUUUGAAACCGCUGCUUAGUAACGGCGUGCCUAUAAACUACCGUGAUGCAAAUGGAUGGACUGCUCUGCAUUGGGCUGCACGAUUCGGAAGGGAACAAAUGGUAGCGGUUCUUGUUGUUGCAGGCGCUGCUGUGGGUGCACUUUCAGAUCCAACAGCGGAAGACCCUGCUGCCAAGACACCUGCUUCGAUUGCGUCUGCCUAUGGUUUCAUAGGCAUCUCUGCAUUCCUUUCAGAAGCACAACUAACCAGUACCCUUGAUUCUCUGGAAUCAAAAGAAAAUGGGAAACCCGUAGAUCAUAAUGGUGGAGUGAGUACAUCUAGUGCUGUGGAUAGAGUAUCAGAUAAAUGUGCACAUGUGGAUGGUGGAACUGAUGAUCAGCUUGCACUUAAGGAUUCUCUAGGAGCUAUCCGAAAUGCUGUUCAAGCUGCCGGACGCAUACAAGCUACCUUCCGUGUGUUUUCCUUAAAAAAGAAGAAACAAAAGGCUCUUCAGAAUGGAGAUAGCUCUGCUUCGCCAUCUAUGCUCGAAAGAGCUACAUUAUCUAUCCAGAAGAACUUCAGGUGCUGGAAGAAAAGUAAGGAAUAUCAGAAAAUUCGGAAAAAUGUCAUCAAGAUUCAGGCACGGUUCAGAGCUCACCGAGAAAGAAACAAGUACAAGGAGUUACUUCAAAGUGUUGGCAUCCUUGAGAAGAUCAUGCUGAGGUGGUUCCGAAAAGGCGUUGGUCUGCGAGGAAUCAAUAGCAGGGCGAUGCCAAUCGACCAAGACGAGGAAGAAGACAUCGUCAAGGUUUUGGAAACAGCUGUCAGUGAGGCUGUUUCGAGGGUAUCGGCUAUUGUCGGUUGCCCUGUCGCAAGGCUGGACUACCGCAGGAUGCUCGAAAUGCACCAACAAGCAAAGAUUGGCCAUGGAAAGUAGCUGAUCUGGCACCAGCUAUGUUGGUGACAGAGCACUGGGCACACACUAUCCUGUGUCCUCCUCCCCUGUUAAAUGAUGAUCUGGAAAGCAGCUGGCUUCCUGAAGAGCAGUAAAAGCCUUGGUGAGUAGUGGAUCCUGCCCAAAUCAGAAGGAUUUACCAACAAAUUUCAGUACCAUCCUCCUCC